GUGCCCAUCAAACGAAGGAGACAGUCCCUUCACACUCCAAUGCGGAGCAGGGACUCAGGAUGAGCGAGUCCUGCAACUAUCAGGAAAACAAACUGUCACCACUUCUCUUUGUCUUCAUUUUGACCAUCUUAGGCACCGAGUGCAUCAUUGGAAUCAUUGCAAAUGGGUUCGUUGUGGCUGUAAAUGCAGCCGAGUGGGUUCAGAAUAAGGCAGUUCCCACGAGUGGCAGGAUCCUGUUCUCUCUGAGUGCAUCCAGAAUAGCUCUCCAAAGCUUCAUGAUGCUAGAACUCACUCUCAGCUCAACCUUCCCACGUUUUUAUAACCAAGAUGCAGUAUAUGAUGCAUUCAAAGUCAGCUUCAUAUUCUUAAACUAUUGUACGCUCUGGUUUGCUGCCUGGCUCAGUUUCUUCUACUUUGUGAAGAUUGCAGACUUCUCCAACCCUCUUUUCCUCAAGCUGAAAUGGAGACUUUCCAGGUGGAUGCCGUGGCUUCUGUGGCUGUCACUGUUCAUUUCCUUGGGGUUCAGUAUGCCGUUCAUCAAGGACACCUUCACCGUGUACUGUAGCAACGCUUCUUCUAUCCCCUCCUCCAACUCCACGGAGAAGAAGUACUUCACUAAGAUCAAUGUGGUCAACCUGCUCCUUCUCUUCAACCUGGGCAUGUUCCUUCCUUUCAGUAUGUUCAUCCUGGCAGCCACCCUGCUGAUUGCCUCCCUCAAGAGGCAUGCCCUGCACAUGGAAAGCAAUGCCACUGGCUCUAGGGACCCCAGCAUGCAGGCCCACAUGGGGGCCAUCAAAGCCAUCAGUUACUUUCUCAUUCUCUACAUCUUCAAUGCAGUUGCUCUAUUUCUCUAUAUGUCCAACUUCUUUGAUAUCACCAGUCCCUGGAACAUUUUGUGCAAAGUCAUCAUGGCGGGCUACCCAGCUUGUCACUCAGUUCUGCUGAUCUUGGACAACCCUGGACUGAGAAGAGCCUGGAAGCGGCUUCAGCACCGAGUUCAUCUCUAUCUAAAGCAGCAGACUCUGUGA